AUGGACACCUCCAAUGUGACGGAUAGCAACCUGAUCCCUGAGUCAGGGGUCGAGAGAACAACCAAUUCGCCCUCAAAUCCCCUAGAGACUGCUACACCGCAAAUUUCACCCUCUUCUGUCGAGCAACCCGAAUCUGCACCCGAUCCUGCACCCAAUUCACAUCCUCGGGCACCAACGCCACCCCCCACCGCGCAGCCCGGGGAAGAAAUUGAAAAUGCCUAUUGGGCCGAUAUUGAGGAAGACACAACAACUCCAGGUCAAGACGAAUUGAAGGAAAUUGACGGCGCUGAGGCCGAUUACAGUGCUUGUGACUACUCUUAUUGGGAGAAUAACUUCUUCCGGGAUCUGGACGAUCCCGAAUAUGCCCCUCGAGAGAAGGCUCGCGUCACCUGGAAGAUCAAGGGGGUCCGGGGCACCCCCGACGCACCCAAUCGGAACAAGGUGAUGCGCUCUCCAGCCGCCUACAUUGGAGGAUAUUGGUGGCGAAUCAAGUUCUAUCCGCGCGGAAACAAUGUCGGCUCUUUGAGCAUCUACAUUGAAUGUUCCGAGACAAUGCCUGAUCCCGAUGAGUGCCUUCCAGAGACGGAAUUCUCCGUGCGUCGAACCACUUCGAACGCCGCCCUGAACGACAGCACCCCGGAUGUCGAUGUUCGUACCCCAGCUACCAAUGACUCUCGAGCCUGGAUAGACUCCUACAGGGCACAAUACUCCGCCUCCACAGCCCCUGAGACCCCCAACCAGGCUGCCAAAACGUGGCGAGUCCCCGCACAAAUCGGUGUCGUUAUGUACAAUCCCGAAGAACCUCGAACAGGAUGGAUGCAAUCGUCUUGUCAUCAAUUCAACCCUCACAACCUCGACUGGGGGUGGACAUACUUCCACGGCCCCUGGGAUCAGAUCCAUACCCGUCGCCGGGGUCAACAUCGCGCUCUGUUGAACAAUGACACACUUUCUUUUGAUGCGUAUAUCCGGGUGAUCGAUGAUCCAACCAGGUCCCUCUGGUGGCACCCGAGCGAUUCUGAACCGACCUGGGAUAGUCUAGCUCUGACUGGAUACCGCCCGUUGGGUGAUUCGGUGAUCAACCAUAGUGCUGAGGUGGCUGGGCUGGCUUCUUGGCUGCAUAUUGCCCCCUUCUGCAAGAUCAUCCAGAGCGUUGAUGUACUCGAACAUCUGACAAACUGUGACAUCAAGCCAAAGCCCCUCUGUGACGCCCUGCAGAAGCUCCUGUGGCACCAGCGACGUCGAACCCAAUCACUCCAAUAUGUGGACACAGAUGGCAUCACUUCCAUUCUGCGCAACAUGCGUGAAUUCUCGGGUGAUGUUUCUGAGUUCUGGGAACGCCUUCGACGAACACUCGAACUGGAACUCGCGGGAACCGAAGCAGGCAAGGAAUUUGCCAAACUGUUUGACAGCCCGACGCCAACCCCCCUAACGGAUGUCAACACUUUACCAGCAGAUUUCAACUCUCGCAUCUGUGUUCGGGCCGAUGAAUAUAAAUCGACUGGUGAGGCUGUGCAGGGUUAUCUGGGCUCAAAGCCCGGAAGCUGGUCGCUUCCACCUAUUCUUCACGUUGAACUCGGCCGUCACACCCUCGACAAGGCGAUGCGAUGGCAAUUAUUGUUCAACAAAAUGGAACUGGAUGAGGAGCUAGACUUGGCUUCCUUUGUAACUGAUGAUUCAGGAAGCAAAUAUGUCUUGUACGGCUACGUGGUCCACCGUGGUCGUCGCACCUCGGGCAAGUUCUUCAGCAUCCUCCGGCCGGCCGGUCCGGGUACCAAAUGGCUGGCAUUUGACGAUGGUAGCGAUAACCGAGUUGAAUGCCUGACUCAGAAAACGGCAAUGGGUCCACAUCUCGGUAUUGAUCCAUCUCAAACGGUUGAUCACAAGAAAGGUCACGAUGUUCCGGUGGUUGUCAUGUAUGUGCGGAAUGACAUGGUGUCGGAGAUUCUGCCCGGGCCUCAGGGUCCCUGGGAGGUUUCGGAAGACUUGAAGAACUACUACGAGAGCGGGGUAUAUCAACCACCAUCCGUCGCUGCCGAGACGUUGAGCAAGACGGACGUGCAAGUCGAGGUCUAUUCGUCGUCUGGGUAUGAUCAACUGAACAGCCUGUUCGAUACAUAUGACCUUAUGUCGCACUCCAAGGCGACGAAUAGCGUCAUGUAUAUGACAUUGCCUCGUUCGUCCAGUAUCGCCGAACUUCGAAAGAAGAUUGCUUCGGGAAAGUCAGCUGCUGAUGAGUUAAUUGGCGCCGAGCGUGUCCGUCUCUGGCACAUUGGGCAUACCCGUGCCCAAUGCGGCCCUACACUCGCCUUCGAUCUCAUCACCGAGCUUGAUGUUCCAUUGGAUUCGUCGGGUGGUGUCAUGCGCUUUUGGAUGGAAACCAUUUCUGCGGAAGACGCCAAAUUCUUUGCUAUUCCCGACCCGCCAUCUGUAGCAACCAAGGAAGACAAACUGGAAGACUCUAUAAUUGAGCGGGCCACUUCAGAAACCGCUGAGCGCUCUUCAGUAAAUGAUGGAGAUGCGAUUGCCAGUUCAUCCGCAGGUAUUGUGCAGGACAUUACUACCAGCCGCAUUGACGACAACUCUAUUGCUAGCGAGCCGCCUCUGGCAACCCUGGCACCAGAGAAUGACGCCGUCUCACAAGAGAAUACGGAUCCUGUCCCGUUACUGACUACCCCACGGGAAAGCCAGACCAUGGAGAACACUGCCGCUGGCUCAACGGAAACCAGUUUGCCUGCAUUCGAGACUAUCGCGUCUGCUUCUCAAUCAGAAUCAUCGGCACCUGUUUCUGCCCCUGCUAGCGCGGAAGAGCCCGAAGUAAAGCUGCCUGUUGGGCACACCUACUUCUUCAUUCAGAUGUUUGAUGCCGACAAGCAGGUACUUCAGACGGUAGGCUCUUUCUUCUCUAAGCUGGAAACCAACGUCAAGGCAUCUAUUCGAAAACACUUGCAAUGGCCCAUUCGUCGCGACUUCAUGAUGUGGAAACGAGUCGACGGUACCACCGUGACCACUAUCUCGCCCGCUGAGAACUUUAUGGACGUGGUUGUUCCACAUGGAUCAUGCAUCAUUGUCGGAGACAAACUGAGAAAUGACAAGCGAAUGGAGCUUGGCAUAUCUGGUCUGUUCUCCAGUCCCGAUCGCCUAGUCCAGUAUCUCUGGGCCGAGUCUCGGAGCCACCCCAUUCAAGGGUUCACUGGCACCAAGACCGUUGAGGCUACUUUCACCAGCGACUACUAUAGCGGCGACUUCCUGAAUGGGCAUUACCAUGGCAGGGGCAAACACUUCUCUGGCACCGGUACUGUUUACGAGGGAGAUUUCGUCUUCGGACGGCGCCACGGCCAAGGCAAGAUGGAGUAUCCGACCGGUGACACCUACGACGGUGACUGGGUCGAAGAUGUGCGCCAUGGACAGGGUACUUACAUCGAAAAGAAUACCGGCAAUAAGUACGUUGGCGGUUACAAGGAUGGCAAGCGGCACGGCAAGGGUAUCAGUUACUGGGAGGUUGCUGAUGAGGAGGCGGAUCUUUGCCAGAUCUGCUACUCAGAGGAACAAAAUGCUGUCUUCUGCGACUGUGGACAUGUCUGCUCUUGCGUGACCUGCGCCAAACAGGUGGACCUCUGCCCGAUUUGCCGCAAGACUAUUAAGAGUGUCAUUAAGAUUUACAGGACAUAA